AUGGGUCGAAAGAAUGAAUCGGGUCGCAAGAAUGAAGUUUCUAAUCCAUCAUCACUUGUUGAUCAAUAUCGUAAACAAUUAGGUCGCCAAGAAAAAAAGGUGGUUGGCGAACGUCGUAAAGAAAUAAAACGGUUAAUGUCUGAAAAAGAAACUGUUUCAUAUUGGAAGAAAAUUAUAAUGGCACUUGGUGCAGUACUAUGUCUUAUCUUUAUGCUUUACAUAUCAUUUGCGUAUUAUUUGGCUCCAAAAGAUUCAUUUUAA